AUGGUCUCCUGUAGCGCUGUGGGUUGCAAUAAUGAUUCUCGAUAUGUUGGUAGUAAGCAAGGGGUAAGCUACCACAGAUUUCCCACUGAUGAUAAGCUCUUGAAAGAGUGGCUGGCGAAAUUAUCCCAUCUAGAUCUUGUUGUUAUAAAAGAUUCCAGAGUACGUUCACUUCACUUCAAACCUGAAUGCUACAAGCGUGACCUAAAAGCUGAACUUCUUGGACUUACAUCUACCCAAUGUCAUUUGAAGCCAGAUGCAGUGCCAACAAUUUUCGAGCACCAUCCGAAAAAGAAGCUGAGACUAUCAUCUGAGAGGCGCCUCCAGGAGAGAUCUAAACAAGAGGUAAGGAUUGUCAAUUCAUAUUGAAAAAAAAAAGAGUUUGCGUGCUGAUCUUAUGGUAGACUAUUAUCCGCGGAUGUUCAUAAACGCAGUCACACAAUGUUAAAACCUGCAAUAAUGAAAAGGCCCUUUGCUGUAUUUUCUCAUUGGACUAUUAAUCAUUUUCUAAAUCUGGGGUGGUGAUAGAGGCUAGUUCCUUCUACUGCAGUUCAUUAGCUCUGUGACAUCAUCUCACCCUGCCCUACCUGUUGCUGUUGGAGAACCUAGUACUUCAAGUGCAUGUGACCAAAUAGCCAGCCCCAGUGAACAAGUUCUUGAGGAACCUGAGAAUGUGAAGAUCGCAUCCGUUCCUACUAGCUCGCCUAUAGAGACGCAUGAUUUUGGAUGUCAAGUUAACACUCGAGGAAAGAGUCUUAUGCUGAAAUCAGUAGGGACCCAAACACCUGACUUCUUUGGUCUUUGUGACCAGUACACUCAGACCGAACCAGGCCUUUUUGAUGAGGAAGCCUGGUUCUUUAACACUGAAGAAAAACCAGGGAAAAUGAGAGUAUUGAAAAUGUAUCCACUCACAAAGACCCAUCUUAUAUCCCCUCUAAAAGUGAGGAAAAUGAUGAUGAGGAGGAGGAAGAAGUAUCAAUGGCAGUACCAUCAAAGUUGAAACCUCAAACUCCCCAAAAUGACAGCAAAUUCCUAGUAUUUAUGGAACAAUUGGAUGAACCUUUGCAUCGACGCCCUACAUGUGGGGCAGUAGUAAUCAAAAGAGGAACGUCCACUCGGGGAAGUCAACUACGUGUUACCCUAAAAUUUAAAAAUGGGCACAUAAAAAUUUGGAAGAGUCAACCCAUGCUCAAAGGGAUGGCUGCUGGAAACUUGUUACUGGCUUCAACAAUUUUACUAUGUGGAGCAACGUACACAAAAAUAGUAUCUUUAUCUGAAAUUUUGAACUGGAAAAUGUUUAGUGAAAAGACAUUUUACAACAUUCAAAACAUGUACUUAUUUCCUGUAAUUAAUGAAGCUUGGCAGGCGGAGCAAAAUUCUGUUUUCAGUGACCUUGAAAUUGAAGACCUGUGGCUGUCUGGAGAUGGUCGAUGUGACAGUCCCGGACACAGUGCUAAAUAUGGGACAUACACCAUGAUCGAUCAAUUCAGUGACAAGAUAAUUGACUUUCAAAUUGUUCAGGUUAGUGAGGUGACCAGCAGCAAUGCAAUGGAAAGGGAGGGGUUUAAAAGAUGUAUGGAGAAUAUUCAUGACAGAGGAGCCAACAUAAAAGUAGUCGCCACAGAUCGCCAUGUCAGUAUACGGUCUGAUAUGAAAAAGAAUUUUCCUCAUGUACAACACCAGUUCGAUGUUUGGCAUGUAGCAAAAAGUAUCACUAAAAAACUCACAGAAAAGGCCAAGAGGAAAGAAUGUAGUGAACUUUUCCCCUGGAUCAAGUCAGUCUCUAACCAUCUUUGGUGGUGUGCAGACACUUGCGAGGGGGAUAAGAAUCUCUUACGUGAGAAGUGGAUCUCCAUUGUCCACCACUCAGCCAACAUCCACUCAUGGGACAGUGCUGACUUGUAUCAUGAAUGUCCCCACCCACCCAUCCCUAGAGAGGAGGCAAGGACAAAGCGGUGGCUUCGUCCUGGUUCCCCUGCGCAUGAGGCUCUUAAGGAGGUUGUUUUUGACAAAACCCUCCUUAAGGACAUCGAGAAAUUAACCCUAAACUGCCACACUGGAACACUGGAAGUGUACCACAGUGUACAACUGAAGUACCUUUCCAAGCGGCAGCACUUCUAA